AUGGCCACGACAGGCCGCGAGUGCAAGAGCGACGGCGAGAGCGACAGCGGCCAGUACGAGCUCACGGACGUCGACGACGACGACGAAGGAGAAGAGACCGAGACGGGUCCGCAACUGCCGCGUAAAGACGAGGACUCGAAGCAGCGAGCGACGCGGAAGCGCGAGCGCUCGAAUGACGACGAGGAACUCGCGCGGCGGCGACGACGUCGACGGUCGCUGGCGUUUCAUCCGAAGAAAAGGCGCUCGUUGACAGCGAGUGAGAGGAGGACGGGAGCUGCUGGAGGCGGUGGAGCGGGCGGGGCGACGUCGGUCGUGGCGGCGCACAGCAAGCAGUACAUUAGUGACAUGUACUCGACCAUUAUCAAGAUGUCGUCGGAAAAUAAAAUCAAUGUCAAGAAUUCGUGGUCGCUGCACUUGAUUGACCAUAUGGAAGACAUUCUGGACUCGUCCAAGAAAGGUGCUGCAGAAGGACCGGACAAUAUGUACAACUUCCAGCGGGCGAGUUGUACGCUGGAUGCGAGUAUCAAGAUUUACUCGUAUCGAGUGGAUGAUACGUGGAACUCGUCGUAUAAGAUUCUCGAGAACUUGUCUCGGACAGAACAUAAACAUGGAGUGGACGAUGGUGGUAGUGACGUGGAAGGCAGCGCAAAGACUGCACGCAAGACGAGAAAGACGCAUGCGCGGACCAUCGAGAAGAAUUUGAACAAUAUCAACUUGAGGGCCUAUGAUACAGAGUGCGAGGCCGACCCGCUGUUUCACAAGAUGUCUCAAUCCUUUGACGAAGGAGGUGCAAAAGGCAUGUUACUUGCCAAUCUCAGCGUGUAUGACGGGUGUAAGAUUCUACUGAAUUCGUCGGAUGUGAGUGUCGUGACGCGAAAGCCUAUUCAUGAGAUUGGAAGUAAAGCAAAGGAGAAACCAAAAGGUCGUGAGAAUCGAAAAGCGGAAGAAACGUUAGUCCAUAAAGCAAUUGACUGUGCCGUACAGUCUGAACCACUCGACGAAGAGGACGUGACACAAGCUGAAGUUGUCGACGCGAAGGACCAAGUAAGUGAGAACGCGAAGAAAGAUAAAGAGUGGAGUGAUGAAGCGAAGAAUGAAGCCGACAGAAGUAAACUGAUGGAAAGCAGUUCUGCCGACGGUAGUGGAGAAUUGGACAAGGACGUUACAAUGGAAGAAGAACAGACGAGUGGAGAGAAAGAAGGCUUUGCCGAUGAUGUCGAAAUGGCGAAAUUGGAAAAGGAGAAGCAAGUUGCGUCGGACGAUGUCACUGCGGAGGUGACACAGACCAAAGAAAACGAGGAGUCUGCAGAGGAGAGCACCGUGGAAUACACGGGUGCAAUGGGAGGUGAAAGCUCCAGCAGUCUCGGGGCAACGGAGAAAGUUGGAGGCUCUGACAGUCUCGGUGCGACUAGAGAGCGCAUCAAUCUAUCGGUGUUCGGUUGUUUGCCGUGUAUUGAUCAAGAUGUGCAAAAUUUGAGCGUAUGCCCUCCGUUGUACCGGAUAUACAAUCAACUGGAUGAGUUUUAUGGAGAUGAGUCUCGCCACAGACUCGGUCUCAAGAACAACUUUUUGCACACUACACCAGUGAAAGGUCAACGCCAGACACUAGACAAGAAGGAUGCUAUUGCUGUAAAUUUGGGUGGUAUUAUGGAAAGUGCCAGCGAGGAUGAACCGGAUGGUGAAGACGAUGUCUUCGACGUGUCGAUGGACUGUGGCGAAGACAACGCAGACCAUGGUGUUGAUGAGGAUUGCGGUGAAGUCGAAAAUGUCGUCGAUGUGGUCUUCGUUGAUGAUGUGGUUGUGGAAAAGGAAAAUAACAUUAUUGACUUGGCGGAUAGCGGCGAUGAAGACACUCUUGUAGAAGACCUCACGCAAGAUGACAUGGAAAAUGGCUCAAGAGCUCUCGACAAGGAAUUAUCGUUGAGAUCGACUGCUGCCGACUUUUUUCGCACGAGGGUGAACGAGAAUUUGCCGGAGGAUUACGAAAACAAUCUGUUCUCGCAGAUGAUUGAGUCUGCACUCGUCCGAUCUGCAACGCUGGACGAUGAGGAGCAGGGUGGAGAGGACCACGAUGGCAGACAUGACUACUCAUACUUCGACGCUAAGAUGCUUCGGAACUGGGCAGGUCCUGGUCACUGGAAGUUUCCUGCCAUUCGCAAGAUCCAAAUGAAACAGCGCGUUAAGGAAGAGACGGACAAGGAUGAUCUUGUAAGCGUCAACGUAGAGUUUGAUGAAGGUGGUGCUGUGAUCAAGGCUGAACCGACUGAGCUUUCAGCUGAUCGCUUUCGAAAAGGAUGUAACGCUGGUGUGGAUAAAAAGACAGCAAUCACGGUCGACUUUUUUGGAGAAGCUCCUGAUUUCUCCAAGUUGAAAGCUCCUGAUUUCUCCAAGUUGAAAGCUCCAAAGUCUGCAAGUAGCUUGGAAGUGUCGAAAGGGAACUUGAGGAAGCAAGUGGAAAACGCAUCUGAUCUGGUCUUGCCGGUGGACACGCACAUCAAGGUCGGUCUCUUUUUCCGGCACUUUUUGAAGGAAAGGCCUCGCUUUUUCAGAAAACGCAGCAAUAAUGGUUUGGACGGCGUCCAUCGGGAAAGUAUCUCGGCGACUGAUUGCGAGUUUGGAGAUGACGUUUUCGGUGUGGAGGCUGAUGGCGAUCGAAAACCAGUCUUCACGUAUAAUGAAGACAGCGCCGGCUUCGAUGGUGGGUACGAUGAUGAAGAUGAUGAAGAAGAAAGUAGUUGCGGUGCGGAUGAUCCAGGAGCACAAACUUUGUACUCUGUGGAAGGUCUAGUUCGAGCAGAUCGCGUGGUGGAGAAAAUCGGUGUACACUAUGAACGCUUUGCCAAACGCGUGGAUGUGAAGAAGUUGAAGGGGAGUAUAUGGGAGCACUUGGAGAAACAAGUUGUGAAGGGCGUAGGAGAAGGCAAUGGCGAUGGCGGAAAAGCUAGUGACACGGAUGUCGUUUCUGGCAGCGAGUGUGGUAAACGCCCCCGUGACAUCGAGAUGCCUGAGCAGGAUGAGUGCGAAAGUACCGAAACAACUUUUGAGAGCGUGGUAGAACACGUUGCGACCAAGGUUCCAUCGAACGUUACAGUGUCCUUCUACUUCAUUUGCGUACUGCAUCUUGCGAACGAGAAAGGUCUGGCAUUGGUCGGUCAAGAAGACCUGCGGAACUUCCGGAUCCGCAAGGAGGAUGCAUGA